AUGCAGCCGGCAGUGUGUUGGUGGCGCUAUGUUAGGCGCGCAGCCUUCGCUUCACCAUCUGUCCCAUUCCCAGCAACCGCACACCGUUCGCACAAGCUAAGCUUUCUCGCUAACUCAACGUCAACACGUUGUCAUUCUUCGUUUUCUGCGGCAACGGACGUGCAGCGUUUUUGCGGUGCUCAUCUUUCCAGUGUUUCCAGCAACAUCAACCUUCUGCGUCCGGUUGGGGUCUCGCGUUUUAAGCAUCCGGUUCGUGAAUUUACCAAUAGCACACCAACGAUGACGGCCAGCAAAUAUCAGACUGCAGAACGUGGCGCUCCCAACUCCACGGACUACCGGGUGUACUUCAAGAACGAAAACGGACAGUCCAUUUCACCUUUGCAUGACAUUCCGCUGUACGCGAACGAUGAGCAAACCGUCUACAAUAUGGUGGUGGAGGUCCCGCGCUGGACAAAUGCGAAGAUGGAAAUUAGUUUGGGCGAGGGUUUGAAUCCGAUCAAGCAGGAUGUGAAGAAGGGCAAACUGCGCUUCGUCGCUAACUGCUUUCCGCAUCAUGGCUACAUCUGGAACUAUGGUGCCUUCCCGCAAACGUGGGAAAACCCGGACCACCUGGACGCGGAUACUGGCUGCAAGGGCGAUAAUGAUCCAAUCGAUGUACUGGAAAUUGGAUCUCGCAUUGCCAAGCGGGGUGAGGUGAUGCAGGUGAAAAUUCUCGGCACCAUUGCGCUUAUCGAUGAGGGCGAAACCGACUGGAAGAUCAUCACCAUUAAUGUGAACGAUCCGGUCGCAGAUCAGCUGAACGAUAUCGGUGAUGUUGAGACUGUGUUUCCGGGUUUGCUGCGUGCCUCGGUCGAAUGGUUCAAGAUUUACAAGAUCCCGGACGGCAAGCCGGAAAAUCAGUUCGCUUUUAAUGGCGAAGCGAAGGAUGCGGCAUUCGCGACAAAAACGGUCGCUGAUACGCACCGGUUUUGGCAGCAGUUGGUUAAUAAGGAGGUGGACAAUAAUGGAAUUUCUUGCCUGAACACUACAGUCGAUGGAUCACCCUAUCUGGUAGCUAAUGAUGCCGCAGAUGAAGUGUUUACCAAGAGCGCUACCGGUGGUAAUCCCGAGCCUGCUAGUGAAGCGCUCCACAAAUGGCACUUCCGGUCGGAGAACAGCUACUCGAAGCUGUAA